AUCAGUUUAAUAUCUGAUAUAUGGUUGCCACGGCCCAUGUGAUAUUAACUCUAUUUUUGUAGGGAGAAGGCCCAUCAAGAUAGCUUGCUAUCUGGGCUUUCGCGAAUCGCCUGUGUGUUGCACUACUGCACAGGCCCGGUUCAUCCCACCAACGAAGUGAAAACUUUCGAAAUUGCCGGUUCUGAGUUAAAACCGAUAUUGAUGAUUUACUUUCGCUUGGUUGCAAAAUAGAAUCAAACUGAACCAUUGUUGAAUAUAACGGGUUAUCUAUUAACCCAAGUCAAAAUCGAGUCUGAACCAAAGUCGACUAAGUAAAUUGGAACCCAAACCGAAGCUGGUAGGUGUUUCAUCGGUUUCUAAGAAUGAUCGUCGGAACAAAAAUAUUCCCGGUAAAUUCUGAGAGAAGAAGAGAUGGGGGAAAUGGGGAAGGCGAUAGGAUUGCUGAUAAGCGGGACGCUUGUGUAUCACCAUUGCGCUAAUCGAAACGCGACUCUUCUCUCCCUCUUUUCCGAUGUUCUCCUCGUUCUACUAUCCUCCCUCGCCAUUCUCGGUCUUCUUUUUCGUCAACUCAAUGUCUCGGUGCCUGUGGAUCCAUUAGAAUGGCAAAUAUCACAGGAUACAGCCAGUAACAUCGUUGCACGCUUAGCUAAUACUGUUGGAGCAGCUGAAUCCGUUUUGCGAGUUGCAGCAACGGGUCAUGACAAGAGGCUAUUUGUAAAGGUCCUGAUCUGUCUUUACUUCUUGGCAGCUCUUGGACGAAUCAUAUCUGGUGUCACCAUUGCUUACGCAGGACUCUGUUUGUUCUGUCUCUACAUGCUCUGUCAGAAUACUCAGGCUACCGGAAACUCUGUAUCGAAACGAACAAACCGAGAGAUUUUGGAACGAGGAGCACCUUAGGAGUUGUGAUCUUCCGUCUCACUCACAAAUCACAAUCUGUCUAAAAUUGUUUUCUUCUUUCUCUUUUUUUAUUCUGUCCAACCUUCACAUGUUCAUAUAGCUUUGGAUAGUUACAUUUCUAUACACAUCACUCGUAAAUUGCGUGGUUCGAAAUGUAUAUUUUUUCAUUUACCAUAA